AGAAAGUUGACUUCUGAUUAUUCAUACGUCUCCUUCUCCUGCUCGACUUCAAUUGCUGACAAGCAAAGGGAAAGAAAAUACAUGGUCAUGUCGCGCACGGUAAGCGCUUGCCGCACACAAUGCCAACCACUCAUGCUUUCUAUGGACGUCCCACCCUGUUGAGAAUGACGUUAACGAUGACAAUCGAUGAUUGUUUUGCUUUCGCUUUCUUGAUGAUCGCAGUCUUGCUCAGCAGCGUGUUGCCUUGGCUCUCAAUGAGGAAUUUAAGUCGAUUCGAAGGUGUCGUGGUAAUCGCGGAGGAGAAAGAAGACGCCUACGAGCUCCAGUUCCCGUGUGGGCAACGGCGUGCAUAUAUGCCAGUGAGAUUAAUGAUGACAUUGACACGACAAAAGACAAUUCUGAAGGUCUCGCUUCCUCGGUGCUCAGCAUUGAGUUCACUCUCAUUAGGUCGUCAACGGAGAGGAACCCAUAUGAGGCUAGCAGUCGUGGCGUUGGCGAAUGGAGGGGGUUCAAUCAUGCAGAGCGAGAGACAAGAACAAUGUGAAUGGCAAUCAGGUCUCGGCCUGUGAUUGGGGAACUGUACAUGGCAUUGUUCCAACACCAUGAUGCCCUGAGGCUAGUCAUAGAAGCUCACAGAGUGAUUGACAUCAACGAUCAAGCAU